CCGCCUUUCACACAACCUGACCCAUCACUUCCUGCGUCGCCCGGAAAGCUGUCAGGAGGUAGUGCGAUUUGCCGGCACAUUGUGCGAGAAGGAUUUGACACUGAGCUGUUGUACCUGAGAGAAAGAGAUUGUACAAUGAGCGCUGGUUUAAGCUUAGAGAAAACAUCAUCUUUCAAGGAAAAACUGAAAUCUGAACCCCAGUUCUUGCUGGCCCAAAAUGUGGCAACAUGUAUCGAUCCACUUGAAGUUUGUCUGCAGAGGCAGACUGUACAGGAUACGGCACAUGUUUUCCAGCACACCAUCCCAGCAGAGGGUAAACCAGUUACGAACCAAAAGAACUCUGGAAGAUGCUGGAUUUUUUCCUGUUUGAAUGUAAUGAGACUUCCUUUUAUGAAAAAGCUAAACAUUGAAGAAUUCGAAUUCAGCCAGUCGUACCUGUUUUUCUGGGACAAGGUGGAGCGCUGUUAUUAUUUCCUUAAUGCUUUUGUUGAGACAGUGCGUAUGAAUGAAACUAUUGAUGGAAGACUUAUGCAGUUCCUCCUAUCCAAUCCUUGCAAUGAUGGAGGGCAGUGGGACAUGCUAGUAAAUCUGAUUGAAAAAUAUGGUGUAAUACCUAAGAAAUGUUUCCCCGAAUCACACACUGCAGAAGCUACUCGAAGAAUGAAUGACAUUCUCAACCACAAGAUGAGAGAAUACUGUCUGCGUCUAAGAAACAUGGUUACAAGUUCCUGUACAAAGGAGGAAAUUGCCACAGCUUUGGACACUAUGAUAGAGGAGGUGUACAGAGUGGUCAGUAUAUGCUUGGGGAGCCCUCCUGAUACUAUAACUUGGGAGUUCCGAGACAAGGAGAAAAACUUUUGCAAGAUUGGACCUAUAACACCCCAGGAUUUUUACAAGAGCCAUGUUAAACCUAUUUUCAAUGUGGAAGAUAAGAUAUGCCUUGUAAAUGAUCCUAGACCACAGAACAAAUAUGGAAAAUUAUACACUGUGCAGUUCCUGGGGAAUAUGGUGGGGGGCCGCAGAACUUUGUACAAUAACCAGCCUAUUGACAUCUUAAAAAAACUGGCUGCGCUGUCUAUUAAAGAUGGAGAGGCAGUGUGGUUCGGCUGUGAUGUUGGAAAACAUUUCCAUGGCAAGUUGGGCAUCAAUGACUUGAAUAUAUUCGACCAUGAGCUGGUGUUCGGCUUGUCUGUAAAGAACUUGAACAAAGCAGAGCGGCUAAUAUAUGGAGACUCAUUAAUGACCCAUGCCAUGGCCCUUACAGCUGUCACAGAGAAGUUCGAUCAAGAUGGAGAAUUUGUGAAAUGGCGAGUGGAAAACUCAUGGGGAGAUGAUCGUGGAAAUAAAGGUUACCUGAUCAUGACAGAUGACUGGUUCAGUGAGUAUGUCUAUGAAGUAGUUGUUGACAAGAAGCAUGUUCCUGAAGAUGUUCUGGAGGUGCUGAAGCAAGACCCUGUUGUCCUGCCUGCCUGGGAUCCUAUGGGGGCUUUAGCUUAGUGACCAAGUCCUCAGCAUUCAUUCCCAAUGUGCUCACUCCACCUUCAAGACUAUCAUUUUAUUACCCUCUUCCUGAAUUGGUGUAGUCCUGGGGAAAAUACACUGUAAGAAAAGCUUCAUGUCUUCAUGCAUGAGAGAAAGAAGAGAUUGCCCUUGGAUGCAAACUUUUCAUUCCACCUUGAAUCCACCACUCAGGAAGGGUGUUUCUUCAUCCGGAUCAUCGUAAUUUACAGAGGAAAUUCUCUAGCUCACACAUGCUUUAACCUUCAUGAGCAAAAUUUUAAAAACAUUUUUACAAUCCUUUUUUUUUUUCUGUCAAAAGCUACAAAUUUUAUGAUCAUCCGUGUACUGUAAACUGCUUUUACGUAAGAUAUUGAGAGAACUCUUAGGCCAUAAUAUCACACACCUGAAUACCAAUUUACAGAAAUUGGUUUUAUUUUGGUCUUAAUGCUGGAAGCAAGCAAAUUCUCGCCUUUUGAUUGGCCAAACAUGCCGAGUCUUAUAUUAUUGGGAGUAAAAGUUGUUGGGUUUUUUUUUUUUUUUUGUCUAUUUUUAACUUUAUAGUUAAACAGGCAUGCCUAGGUACAAAUCAUCUGCUUAAUUAAUUCUACCUUACUGAGGUUUUUUUUUAAGUUUAAUAUAGGAGCUGCGAUUAUUUGAUAGGAAAAUGUGCCCAAUGUAGUUUUGGCUCAAUUGGUCAUAACGUUUAGAGUCAGCCUUGGAAGAUUUUCUCAUUUUAAUAUCAAUUACUUCUUGUUUGUUAAAUAAGUUAACAUUAACUUUUCUUUUGGGGGAUCAAUUACAAAUUUAUGGGUAUCGGGACAAUGAUCACUGUAACUAAUCAACUGAAGCAAAAAAGUACUUUACUGAGGUUUUUUUAAGUUUAAUAUAGUAACCGUGAUUAGUUGAAAUGUACCCAAUACCUCAGCAGAAUUUUAUCUUCCCAUAUAUUUUACAAGAAAUAGACAAAAUUAUUAGUAUAGUUUACAUUUAUCAUUUGGUUUGGAGGUGUCCUGUUUUCUGCCUCAUGGGAGAUUAGAAGUUACCAUAAACUAAAGCAAUAGCACAAUUUUAAUAUGCUGAACCUGUUAUAUUCCUUCCAGAUACUUGGUCAGAUCACAGUAGUGGUUACCUAUGGCACAUAUGAAAACAUGAAUGUGCAGUAGACAUGUUGUGAUGAUGUUCAGCAAGAGCUCAAUAUAGCUGAAGAGAGAUGAUGUGAGGUUUGAACAAAUAUGAUGCAUAGGAACAGGUCUGAGGUUUGUUGCCUAGACCCUGAAGCCUCUGAAAAGAAUGAUGUGACCUAGAUCCCACAAUGAAUCUUAUCCUUAUUCCUAAUAAUGGUAUGUCCUUUCUAGUCUGCAGUCUAUUGUUUCUCAAACUGUAUUGCCUUAGAACAGUGAUUCCCAACCACUGGCUCGUGAGCAACAUGUUGCUCUCCAACCCAUUGGAUGUUGCUCCCAGUGGCCUCAAAGCAAGUGCUUAUUUUGAAUUCCAGGUUUGGAGACAAGGUUUGGUUGCAUAAAAAAAACAGAUUUAUGACCAAACAGAGCCUUCUGUAGGCUGCCAGUCCACAUAGGGCUACUAAAUAGCCAAUUAUAUCCUUUAUUUGGCAUUGGCAGCAACUUUUUUUACAUUGCUUGUGUUGCUCCCCUACUCUUUUUACAUUUGAAUGUGGCUCACAGGUAAAAAAGGUUGGGGAUUCCUGCCUUAGAGCAUACCUGUUUGUGAAGCCCUUAUUUUCUAUGUUUCAUUUGACUUUUUCAUUCUUUACAUCUGAGUUGACCCUGAUAUUAUACAUCCAAGGUUUAUGGACCGGCAGCUUCCAAACUCUAGAUUAUAAUGGCUCAUCAGACAAAUAUACACUUAGGGGUUUCCAAGUCCAUCUUGUACAGGUAUAUGUUUAUUCUUUAUAACUGGGUUGACUCUGGUACUAAAUAAAAAAGCUUCACGAAGCAGCAAAUUCCAACCUCGGGUAUAAUAACCUUCAUACAGCCUGGACAUUAGUAGUUUUGGCUCAAUUGCUCAUAAAACUUAGAAGCCUUGGAAGAUUUUCUCAUUUUAAUAUCAAUUACUUCUUGUUUGUUAAAUAAUUUGAUUGUUACUACAUUCAUUUUUCUCUUGCGGAUGAACUACAGGUUUAUGGGAAUCAGGUAAAUGAUCACUGUAACUAAUCAACUAAAGCAAAAAUGUUUUCCUUACAUCUCAGUGUGUUCCCUUCACUGAUUCACUUCCAUCAUGUCACACAAUCACUAAAACGAUUCGUAAAUGACCAGAGCCUGAUUUAUCAAACAUUUGGAAUGGGGGAUCACGCUCAGCAGUAUGUUCUGCUUCCCGAUCUCCCCGAUGCUGAAAAAUACCUUUAGCUCUAUAGUAUCAAAGAAGACGAACAAGUAGACUCCAGAAAGGUUAAUGAGCUUAUCCAUUUGCAGUUGUUUUAUGUUUCCAUUCUUAUGCUGGUUUCUUGCAUUCAUAUUUCUCUGACUUGAUGGUGCUUUGAGAUUUUUAAUAAAAAAAAGAAUAA